AUGGAUGAAGAAGAUGGGCGAUGUGAAUCAGUUUUGGAGAGUAGAAUGUUGUCGGUGGAUAUUCAUAUAUUGUUGGUGGAUGAUGAUGCUACUUCUCUUGCUGUCGUUUCUGCCAUGCUUAGACUCUGCAAAUAUCAAGUUGUGACUCGGAGAAGCCCAAUUGAAGCACUUGAUACUCUAAGGGCAAAAAAAGGGUUUUUUGACCUUGUUGUGACUGAUCUCCACAUGCCUCAAAUGAAUGGUCUUCAAUUACAGAAGCAAGUAACCAAAGAAUUCAAGCUUCCUGUUAUCAUGAUGUCAGCUGAUGAAAAACCUAGCGUCAUAUUGAAGAGUUUAGAGGAGGGUGUUUCAUUUUACAUGGUCAAACCAAUAAGCCUAGAUGAUGUCAAACAAGUAUGGCAAUAUGCUAUUACACCUAAACAAACACGAACAAUUAUCCGACCACAAUUCUCGAUCGACAAACCAUCGAAAAAGGAGAUCAUCAAAUUAUCGAAAUCGGAAAGAACCAAGAACAAGACGAAGAAGGCAAAGGAAACUAGGGUUCCUCAAACUUCUAUUGCCAAAAGAAAGGCAAAGGUGGUUUGGACAAAUUCACUUCACAACCGGUUCUUACAAGCCAUUAGACUAAUAGGGCUUGACAAGGCAGUUCCAAAGAAGAUCCUUGAGUUCAUGAAUGUGCCUGGGUUGACUAGAGAAAAUGUUGCCAGCCAUUUACAGAAGUAUAGAAUUUUCUUGAAACGAGUUGCUGAAAAGGGAGCUUGUAAUUCAAUGAAGAUAUAUUCAGAUUGCACUUUACUAAGAUCAAGCUUUGCUUCUUCUCACUUUCAAUUUCAAUCCCCAUUAUACACACCAAAAUUCCAAUCCCAACAUCCAUAUUUGCUUGAAGAACAACAAUUAAUGGCUCCCUUAAACUACCCAUCUCCUCUUUUGGGAGCCAAUUAUAUCUCACAUCCCACCCCUCCAAACCCUAAUCUUGAAAUUGAAAACUCUUUGACCCUCAAUAAACCUAACUUCCCUUUCAAUGGGCUUGUCUCGAGUUCGACUCGGAACGAUCAUAAUUUCGUGUCAAUCGAAAAUGAAAACCCUAAUGGAGGGUUGAGGUUGAAUGAUAAUGGGGUAGCCAAUCAUGUCCAAGCUACUCAUGAUCACAACAAUGGGGGAUUUUGUGGGAAUUUUGAAGGGACAAACCAAGUUUUAGAGAACAAAAAUGUGGAGGAGAAUGGUGUUGUGUUAGUGUCACCAAAAGAAGGUAAUGACACCAUUGCAUUUGGAGAUCAAAUUGGUGAACACCAAAAUUGCUUUGAUGUUCUUAGUGAGAUCUUCAUGGGGCAUAACCACAAGAAUCAAACUUCUUUAAGGAGGGACGAAAUGGGUGAUAUGGAGCUCUCUCAUAUGUGGAAUGGAAUUGAAAUGGAGGCUUCAUCAAAGCAAGAUCUUCAACCCUCAACCCUCUCUGCCCAGGGUUGGGACGACGAUAUGUUACGAACCUUUUUGGGUGAUGCUUCAUUUUCAUAA